AUGUUUGCACAGUUCUUCGGAGCCAAACCUCACCGAACGAGACCUCUCGAAUGCCAUGCUCCCCCGCCCUACUUGCGCGAGGGGGAGUUUGAGAAACUUCCAGUGUAUACUGCUUGCCCAUGUCCGGGUACAGAUGACGAGCCAAUAACACUCGCUCGCUAUUUGUUUGUCUAUGGUUUCUUCUUUCCAAUAUUUUGGAUAAUAGGAAUCGCUAUAUUCUUCUUGCCACUUCGACCCUCUUCCGAUUGGGAGACUGGAAAGUCGGCAGAGGAAAAGCAAAGGUUGCUUGCGGAGAUGCGGGUUUCAGAACUUAAAUGGGCGAAGCGCUGUUUAUAUGCCUUGGUUGCACUUUUGGUUCUCGCUAUAGUGUUGGUGACUACCUUGGUUUUGGUAAAACGGUGA